UCGCGGCGUCACCGUAUUCUAGCAUCCGCAUUCCAACUUAAUUAAUUAGUUUGGAUAGCCAAAGACUCUCGUCAUACCCUCCUUUUCCUUUUGGCGAGGGUUGAGUCGCGAGGUCGGCAAGAUGCUUUCCGGCAUCCUAAUAUUCAAUCAAAAAGGCGAGAACCUCAUCUUCCGAGCGUUUCGAAACGACUGCCGACCACGUCUCGCCGAUGUCUUUCGAAUUCAGGUCAUAUCCAACCCUCAGGUCCGCUCGCCUAUCCUCACCCUCGGAAGCACCACCUUCAGCCAUGUUAAGCAUGAAAACAUCUACUUGGUUGCCAUUACUAAGAGCAAUGCCAAUGCUGCCCUGGUGUUCGAGUUCCUAUACCGGCUGAUCCAGCUUGGUAGGGGUUACUUCGGCAAGUUCGACGAGGAGGCCGUCAAGAAUAAUUUCGUGCUGGUCUAUGAACUAUUAGACGAGAUCAUCGAUUUUGGAUACCCUCAGAACACCGAGACGGACACCCUAAAGAUGUACAUUACCACCGAAGGUGUCAAGUCCGAACGCGCACCUGAAGAUUCCGCCAAGAUAACCAUGCAAGCUACCGGUGCCCUGUCCUGGAGGAAGGCCGAUGUCAAAUAUAGAAAGAAUGAAGCGUUUGUCGACGUGAUAGAGGACGUCAACCUUCUGAUGUCAGCCACGGGGACCGUUCUUCGUGCUGAUGUCACCGGUCAGAUUAUCAUGCGCGCGUAUCUCUCGGGCACCCCGGAAUGCAAGUUCGGGCUCAACGACCGCCUUCUGUUGGACCACGACGGCCUCCAGUCGUUACCGAGUGGCAAUAAGCUCGGGACCAAGGCUACAAAAGCAGCUGCCGGCAGUGUUACCUUAGAGGACUGCCAAUUCCAUCAAUGCGUCAAGCUAGGCAAAUUCGACACGGACCGAAUUAUCUCCUUCAUCCCUCCCGACGGGGAGUUCGAGCUUAUGCGGUAUCGAGCAACGGAGAACGUCAACCUACCCUUCAAGGUGCACGCCAUCGUUAAUGAAGUUGGCAAGACCAAAGUAGAGUAUAGUAUUGGCGUCAAGGCGAAUUUUGGUAGCAAAUUGUUCGCUACCAACGUCGUUGUUCGUAUCCCCACUCCGUUGAACACAGCUCGUAUUACGGAACGCUGCACCCAAGGAAAGGCCAAGUACGAACCAAGCGAAAACAAUAUCGUCUGGAAAAUUGGCCGCUUCACUGGCCAAAGCGAAUUCGUGUUAAGUGCCGAGGCGGAGCUCACGAGCAUGACAAACCAGAAGGCCUGGUCGCGCCCGCCUCUCAGCAUGAACUUCAGCCUUCUCAUGUUUACUAGCUCGGGUCUCCUUGUACGGUACUUGAAGGUGUUUGAAAAGAGUAACUAUUCAAGUGUAAAAUGGGUUAGAUACAUGACGAGAGCAGGGUCAUACGAAAUCCGAUUUUGAUCGCGACAAACUGGGCAGAAAGAGCCAGCCCAAAUACAUACCAGGGAAUCUGAUGUGGUACUGCUCGCUUAGCAGCGAUAUCCUGUCGCAAACAUCGACUUCAACCGGUUACGGCUACCUUCUCCGACGAAUACCCCGGGAUAUCAGCGAAGUUGGAGCAUGCUAUACUCUCCUCCUGUAAAGAGAGUUGUUGCAGGCACUGUCAAUUCGAGAGAUUGGCAUUAAAUCCAAAUGCUAGAUCUAUUCGCGAAUAACAUCGCGACCAGGAGCCAAUAGUCACCGGAGAUGUCGUAGCAGCAAUUUUGGUAACUGUGUACUCAUAGCUUCAUAUCACGGCCUAGCAAAUCUUCAAUUGUACUAGACGUAUGGUGAAGCUGAGGAUGUGGGAGGCCUAUGUAUAAGACUAUUAGAGGAUUAUAAUCCCGCGGAAUUACAGUCAUGAUAACCGAUACUAACUCAAUUAUACAUGACCAAAGCCCGAAUGAGAGACAUAAUUCGACAAAGUUAUCUCGUACUAAAAUCUGACAAAUAAUAUUUAUAAGAAUAAUUAUAUUUAAA